AAUGGAUUAGAUCUUUGGGAAAUGCGUAUAAAUUUGACACUAGUGUUUAGUGAAUGAUAACAGUGUAUUGGUAUUGAUGUUUUGUUGAACGUGUUUUGUAAUGGAGGGUCAAGAAAAAGCAGUUGAAACGAAGGACACAGACACUUUACAGAGGAAACACCCCUUUGAUAAUCUUUCCAAAGAAGAACUGGUCAAGAAAUGCAAACACUUUUUGAUGCUGGCACAAAAAGCAAAGCAAGCAAAAGAUGAUGCGAAUGAGGAAAUACAGCGCCUGAAAGAAGAACUAGCAAAAUAUGAGGGAACAACAGAAAUGAAGUCAAAGGAAGCACCAAAACAUACUGAUGCCACAAGCAUGCAGGAGAUGAUAGACACUCUCACUGAGCAAAAGCUCUCUCUUGUUAUUGAGAUGGACAAAGUGCUGAAACAAAGUGCAUCAGUAGAACGCCAGUUGGAGCAAGUGAAACAAGAUGAACGGAAAGCAAGGCAACAGGUGAAUCAAUUGACUAAUCGUGUGCAGGAGCUUGAGACAGCACUUGAAAGUGCUCAUCGACAGGUUAAACGCCUUACAAGAGAAAAUGAUGAUUUACUUCAGCAGCUGGACACUGUGGAAUUAGAACUGCGGUCUCUGAGGGAUCGGGGAAUUGAGAGGACUGAAAGCAUCAAGGCUAAACAGAGAAUAGUGGCUGUAGAAAAUGAAAUGGCAAUAUUACAGGAGGAGCUGGAUAGGGUAAAUGAAGAGAAUAAAAAGAAAAAUGAUCAAAUGAAACAGUUACAUGAUCAAUUCAGUCAGGAAAAAUUGGCAUAUGAAGAGCAGUUCAAACGAAGGCAAAUUUCUUGGGAAGAGAGAAUAUGUGAACUUCAGGAUCAGUUUAAAAAAGAGAAUUCCUAA